AUGAAUUCCCAACAAGUAAUUCUAAUUAUUAUUACAUGUCUAGCGACGGCCGCCGUAGCCUCGGCCCAAUGCAGCCCUAAGGACUACAUCGACGCCCACAACACCAUCCGGGCCGAAGUCGGGGUCGGGCCGAUGAUCUGGAACGAGACCCUCGCCGCAUAUGCCCAAGCGUAUUCGGAGAAACGAGCCCCUGAUUGUGCCAUCGAGCAUUCUCAAGGGCCUUACGGGGAGAAUCUCGCCUCAGGAUCUUGGGACAUGAGCGCCAAGGACGCCGUGGACAUGUGGUACGAUGAAAAAAAAUUGUUCGAUGCGGUCGCAGAUAAAAGGAUCAACGAGAAUGACAUGUCUUAUCUGCAUUAUACGCAGAUUGUGUGGAACACCACCACGUGCGUUGGAUGUGGCAAGGUCACCUGCGCCAACGGUUGGACGUUUAUCACGUGUAGCUACGAUCCCCCAGGCAAUUUCAUCGGGGAGUGUCCCUUUUGA